UCGUCAUGUUUAUUUGUUUCUUUUCUUUUAACAAUGGCAGAAUCCGCAUUUGCACAACACAUUAUCCAAUCCAUUCGUAAUGAAUUGAGCUUGCUAAAGACUCACAAUUACAUUCAACCACAAGCCUAUAAUGACAUUCUAAGAUUAUUACCUACGGAUGCUAACCGUAACACAUCCUAUCCCCCUUUUGAAAACAGUAUGCCUACACCUGGUUCAAAAGUAGCCACUCCACUACCUCCACCUUCAUACAAUGAGUCCAAACUAGGCACUGUUGAGGCAUUGUAUGAUUAUCAUGGCCAAGACCCUGUUACUGACUUGAGUUUCCGCUCAGGCGACAUGAUUGCCUUGACUGAACUUGUCAAUAAUGAUUGGUGGAAAGGCACGUUGAAUGGGAAGACAGGUAUUUUUCCUAGCAAUUACGUAAAGAGAUUAGAACCAUCGCGUGAAAAGGUAAACACACCACCCCCACCACCUGCACGUCAACCCCAACGUGACAGUUAUGGCUAUUCUCCUUUGCCACCCAAACAAGAUAGUUACAGCUAUCCCCCUCCUCCUCCUACACAGCAAAACUCAUAUGGUGCUCCUCCUCCACAGCAAAACUCAUAUGGUGCUCCUCCUCCACAGAACAAUUACCCUGCACCACCACCACCACAAGCGAAUAGUUACGCACCUCCUGCUCAAAACUAUCAAAGCCCUCCUCCUCAGCAAGUGUCUUAUGCUCCUCCUCCUGUUCAACAAGUAACAAGUACCUCUUCUGCACCUGCUGCAGUAGAACAACACGAAAGUAAAAUGUCCAGUAUGGGUAAACAGUUGGCUGGCAAUGUGGUAAAUGCAGCCACUUGGGGUUUCGGUGGCACACUCGGUAGUGACUUGGCUCAUUCUAUUUUUUAAUCGACAUUAUCUCCUUGGAUGCAAUUGAAAUGAAGAAAAAAGGAGAAAAAUAAUCUACCGAAGAUAAUAAUAAAACUCCCAAAAUACUUCUUUUCUAC